AUGAACCCGCAGACUACUGGAAGGCUGCUGGCUGCCUGCACUGUCGGACUCUCUGCUUACUGCCUCUGUUGGCUGUUCCUGCCGCCUUUCUACAAGGAGACUCGGGCGAUUCAGCUUUUGUUUCCCUCUCCCUUCUACCUGCUUUACCUUGGAGCAUUCGGAGUCCUGUUUCUGAUUCUGGGUUCCCUUUGCGUGGGCGGUAUUCUGAUGCUGCGUGAGUCCAGCGCGGACGCGAAGUGCAAGGAAGAAAACGGGGCCCUGAGUUUCCGCGGCUUCGUCGUGCGUCCUCUUCCUUCUCAGCGAGGCAUGAGAACAAUGGGGGGGAAAGGGGUUGAGACCCGCGGCGACGUGUCGGAAAGCGGGCUAAAUCUGGGGGAUGCGCCACUUCGUGGGGACCUGAGAGCACGACAGAAAGGGGGGAAAGGCACCGAGCUUCUGUCCCUCAAGGCAGACAAACAGACCGCGGAAGGCAAAGCCUCGAGUCCUCGAAAUCUCCAGCAUCCAGAUGCAAACUCCCAGGCCGACAAGGCUCGUCUUUGCUCCCACUCGUCCGACGGCGCUGCCGAGGAAGGGACUCUCGUUGUCCGCCCUUUCCUGCGUGGAAAAAUCCACCUCGCUCUGCUUCUCCUCUCCCCGGCGUGGAUCUUCUUCAUUUUGAGUGCAUGCAGCAGUCCGAGUUCUUUUGUUGCUGCAGCCAUAUCCUGCUUCACCUUUGUGUGGAAUUUCAUGGCUAGCGCCCUCCUCCACUGCUUCGAGUGGACAAACCGCCCAGGGAUCUACCAGCUUCUCCAUAAGCUCGACCAUGCAGGAAUAUUUAUGGUGAUCAGUGGAAGCACAACUCCCAUUCCGAUGCUUCUUCUCGACGCCGGCUCCUCUUUCUGGUUACUUUUCGUCCAACUUGCGGCAACCAUUUACGGAUUCUGUUCGAUCAUUUUCGGGGACCUGACCUCAACGGGGCGAGCUCGACGGGCGUACACGUACAUUUUUGUGGGACUUCUGCACGCGUUAUUUCUCUCAGAGUAUUACCGCGUUUUAAAGUCUACCGAGCUGAUUGCUGUCAUUGCUCUGGCGUCGCUUUAUGUCCUGGGGGCCUUGGUUUACAGUUGCAAGCGCCCUGAUCCGUUCCCAGCAAUCUACGGCUUCCACGAGGUCUUUCAUUCCUUCUGUUUCCUCAGCUUUCUUCUCACCUUAUGGCUAGACUACGUCGUCAUCAAGCGGGUAGAGUGGGGGUGA